GAAGCUAUAUAUAUAUAUUUGAUUCAAUAAUUAACCAACAAUGCCUGACUUAUUUGAUAACUUGUUUAACAAAAUUGGUGCUAAGAUUAAUGGUGGCAAAACCACCCACUAUCACGGCGGUGCUUCUCAAGUAAACACCGGUAGAUUCUACAGCUAUGUUGCCACCCCAAAUAACAACAACUAUUGGUUGCCUCGUGAGAAGCAAGCCAGUGCAACUGCUGCUGCUAUGUCUGCUGAUGAUACUACUAUUAACAUUAAGGAACGUAGUAGCAGUAUAGUUUCCAUGGAGGAAAGCCAGUCGAGACUGGGUAGUGUUUCUGAAUGAUUUUGUAUACUUUUAUAGGAUUAUCGGUUUUUAGGAAUGACAUGUUAUGGUAAAGAUAA